UGGGAGAAAGACCUGGCAAUCUGCUCCCGUAAAGACUAUAGCCUAGAAAACCCUACGGGGCAGUUCUACUCUGUCACAUGGGGCUGCUGUGCGUGGGGGUGGACUCGACAGCACCCAACAUUGACAUAUCUGUCAUAAUGGCAAGAGGUGGGCAGUGCAAAAUACAAAAUGAGGAAGAGAAAGGAAUGGAGGGUUAUGAGGUGAACCGCCCGGCGUUGUCUGUUAGAGUAACCACGGCCUCCGUUCCGGUGAGCUCCAGCUUCUCACCGCCACGAGUAAGGUACCUUCAGUUAGCACCGCGCUCUGAGUGUAGCCCUUGACCUGCAGCGCUGGCUUGAAUAGCCUUCUGGAGAGAAGUGUUGGCAUUGGAAUGUCUUCUUCUCUGUGGGUGGAGUCAGUUAGCUGAGUAGUUCACUGGCACUCCAAAGAGACUCAGGAUUUUGCUACAAAAGAAAACAUUUGAGGCCAGUGAGCUUGGGGUAUUUUGGGAAAUUUCCUUCUUAAAGGAAAAUAAUAUUCUGCCAAACUAAAUAUUUCAUGAGCUCAUCGGGGUAGAAGGCAGCUACCUAUGCUUUAGGCGGGUGGCGUGUAGAAGCUUUCCUCUGAGUCCCCAUCAGCAUGACUGGACCAUGAUGAGGUGGAAAAACUCAGCCACUCAGUAUUCAGCUGCAUUCAGUGUCAAGUAUUUGAUUAUUCUCACAUGUCACACUUCCUUUGUACUCUUCAAAGCACUUAUUGUGGUAAAAAUACAACCGUCUGCUAUCUUGAACAUUGCCAUCUUGCCCCUGCUGGGGAGCAGGUGGACUGAGAUCGCUGACUUGUCCAGAACCUUGGUGGCCACGGUGCCUUGGUGCCCAUUCUGAGAAAACCAGGUGCAUUAACGUCUCUCUCUCUCAGAUUCACAAUUCCCUAUCAACAUCGUGGCUGUCAAGAAGGAUCAUGAUUUUCUUGAGAAGGAGCUUGUAGAACCUCUUUGCAGUUUUGACAAAUGCGUACCGUCCUGUAACCACCGCCAAAACCAAGAGAACGGUUCCAUCACACCCCAGACUCCAGACGACUAAAUACACUGAACAAGUGUGCCUCAAUGAAACUUGAUGUGAACUUCCAAAAGAAGAAGAGUGGCGACUCGGACGAGGAAGAUCUUUGUCUCAGCAACAAAUGGACGUUCCAGAGAAGCAGCCGGAGGUGGUCUCGCGUGGACGACCUCCACACGCUGCUUCACGGAGGAGACAGAAACGGGUCGUCGGGAGAGCUUAGGAUGAGAAACACGCCCAGCAGCGAGAGCGUGCUCACCGAGCUGAGCGAGCCCGAGGUCUCCUCCGUGCACAGUGGGAGCAGUGGGGGCAGCGAGGGCAGGGGCCCCCCGGGGGCACCCAGCGCUGGCCGCGAGGCCUGGGACUGCCCCUCGCAGCCCUGCGCAGAAGGCCCCAUCGUGCUGGAUGCCAUGUCUGUCAGCAGCCACCUCUCGCUGUCCCACAGAGACACCGCCAACUACCCUCUCCACCCAAAGAGUGAGAAGCCAGGGAGGACCAGAGCCAAGUCGUUUCUCAAGCGCAUGGAGACCCUGCGCGCCAAAGGGACCCCCGGGAGGCACAAGGGCUCAGGGCGGACAGGGGGCUUGGUGGUCAGCAGGCCCGUGCUGCAGCACGUGUCAGAAGCCUCUAAGGCCGUGCUGUGCAUGCAGCUGCCCAACGGCGACCUCCAGAACUCGUCCCCGGGGGCCUCCAAGAAGUCCAGCAAGUCCAGCAGUGAGUCAGAGAUCAGCAGCAGCAGAGUGAGCAUCCCUGGCCUGCAGGAACGGAAGUGCCACGAGGCCAGCAAGCGAGGGGGCAUGUACCUGGAAGACCUGGACGUGCUGGCGGGGCCAGCGCUGCGGGAGCUGGGGGGCCAUGCGCACGCGUUCCAUUCCCAGGAGAACUUGGUCGUGCAUGUUCCCGAGGACCACAAACCGGGGACUUUCCCCAAAGCUCUUUCCAUCGAAAGCCUGUCACCCACGGACAACAGCAAUGGGGCUAACUGGAGGGCCGGGUCUAUCUCUCUGGGCAGGCAGCAGGGCCCCAGUGCCAGGGAGCCCAGGCUCAUGGCCUCCUGUCCCAGAGAGAGCCGGGUCAGCAUCUACGACAACGUCCCCAGCUCCCACUUGUACGCCAGCACCGGAGACCUGGACCUGGAGAAGGAUGAUCUCUUCCCCCACCUAGAUGACAUCCUGCAGCAGGUCAACGGGCUCCAGGAGGUGGUGGAUGACUGGUCCAAGACCAUCCUGCCUGAACUGCAGACCUGCGACGGGCUGGCUGCAGAGCCUGGGGCCGCCCCCUUCCCAGCUCCUAGUCAGGUCGCCUUCGAUUUCGAAGGGAACUCGGUCUCUGAAGGCCGGACCACUCCCAGUGAUGUGGACAGAGAUGGAACCUCUCUGGUUGAGUCCGACGCCCCUGGCGUCAGAGAAAGGAGGGAUUCCGGGGUAGGGGCCUCGCUGACCAGGCCAAACAGGCGACUCCGGUGGAGCAGUUUCCAGCUCUCGCACCAGCCACAGCAGUCCAUGGCUUCACCUCUCAUCAGCAACCAGACGGCCGGCCAGCUCAACCUGCUCCAGCGCUUCUCGCUGCUCCGCCUGACGGCCAUCAUGGAGAAGUACUCCAUGUCAAACAAGCACGGCUGGACGUGGUCCGUGCCAAAGUUCAUGAAGAGGAUGAGAGUUCCCGAUUACAAAGACAAGACUGUCUUUGGUGUUCCUCUGAUAGUUCACGUCCAGAGAACGGGGCAGCCCCUGCCCCAGAGCAUACAGCAAGCACUGAAGUACCUGCGAAGCAACUGCCUCGAUCAGGUGGGCCUUUUCCGAAAGUCGGGAGUGAAGUCGCGGAUCCAAGCCUUACGCCAGAUGAACGAGAACUGCCCUGACAACGUCAGCUAUGAAGACCAGUCAGCUUACGACGUGGCAGACAUGGUCAAACAGUUCUUCCGGGACCUCCCGGAGCCUCUUUUCACCAGCAAGCUCAGCGACACCUUCCUCCACAUCUACCAGUACGUCCCCAAGGAGCAGCAGCUCCAGGCAGUGCAGGCCGCCAUCUUGCUGCUGGCCGACGAGAACAGGGAGGUCCUACAGACGCUGCUGUGCUUCCUCAGUGAUGUCGUCAACUUGGUGGAAGAGAAUCAGAUGACACCCAUGAACCUGGCCGUGUGUCUGGCCCCCUCCCUUUUUCAUCUUAACUUACUGAAGAAAGAAAGUUCUCCAAGAGUCAUACAGAAGAAAUACGCCACAGGGAAGCCAGACCAAAAGGACCUCAACGAGAACCUGGCCGCUGCGCAGGGGCUGGCCCACAUGAUCGUGGAGUGCGACCGGCUGUUUGAGGUCCCUCAUGAGAUGGUAGCACAGUCGCAAAGCUCAUACAUGGAGGCUGAAAUCCAUUCUUGGACCCUGGAAGACCUGCGGAAGCAUCUGGAGGACAGCGGUGCGACCUUCCAUGCGUACCUGGAGCAUCUGGUCCAGGGCCUCCAGAAAGAAGCCAAGGAGAAGUUCAAAGGAUGGGUCAUCUGCUCCAGCAUAGACAAUACAGACCUUGCUUUCAAAAAGGUGGGCGACAGGCACCCCCUGAAGCUGUGGAAGGCGUCUGUGGAGGUGGAGGCGCCCCCCUCGGUCGUGCUGAACCGAGUGCUGAGAGAGCGGCACCUCUGGGAUGAGGACUUUGUGCAGUGGAAGGUUGUGGAAGCUCUGGACAAGCACACGGAGGUCUACCAGUAUGUGCUGAACAGCAUGGCCCCGCAUCCUUCCAGGGACUUCGUGGUCCUCAGGACCUGGAGGACGGAUCUGCCCAAAGGGAUGUGCGCCCUGGUGUCCAUGUCGGUGGAGCACGAGGAAGCCCAGCCCAUGGGCGGUGUGCGCGCGGUCGUGAUGGACUCUCAAUACCUGAUAGAGCCAUGUGGCUCCGGGAAGUCGAGACUGACCCACAUCUGCAGGGUCGACCUCAAGGGUCGCUCCCCAGAGUGGUACAACAAAGGCUUUGGAUACCUGUGCACAGCGGAAGUGGCCAGGAUCAGAAACUCUUUUCAGCCCCUCAUUGCCGAGGGUCCAGAAACUAAAAUCUGAGUCUUCUGCCAAGUGUGUCGUCAAGCUCAGGGAAGAGGAGGGAGAAGCAGACACUUGUGGGAGAGCGUGGGCGUGUGGCAGCGAGAGAGAGAGAGACCGCCAAGUGUGGUUCAUGCUGAAAAUGGGACCGUUCUGGAGUCGGAAGGUUGAAGAUGCGAGAAUUUGUGAGAACUCUUCUAGCCUCCUGGAGACGGCUAUAUCCCUACUAAUAUAAUAUUUUUAAAAAAUCAGAACAUUUAUCUAUGCUACUUAAAAUUAAAUGGAUUAUUCCUUGUGCAUUGCCUAAUUUGCUAUUUAAAGGCUUCCAAGAAGCAUAUUCUUAACUGUAAAUAAAUAUAUGUACAGCGUAUGUACAUAUGUGUGCAUAUCUCUAUCUUUACUGUAUAUAUGUAAAAUACCAAUUUUAUACGGAGCGGAGCUCUUUAAAAAGGAGCGCAUGAUUCCGUGAGCCCCGUCCUCACGUAGCUCGCGUUCUCAUCUCCUCACUGACAUACGUGCUGAGCAGGGUCUGCCGCCGACACCAGGGUGUGACAGUGUCGUCUGUCACUCUGCCGUGACGUCUAACCAAAGAUUCACUAACCAAAGGGAAGUAACAUUAAAAGGUUCUGUGUGUCGACUGUGUCCCUCGAAAACUGAGAGUGGAGCGUUGGAUAAAGGGAAGACCUAGGUAUCUCUCCCUCAAAGCGAAGCAGUGGGUGAGAAGUCAUGACCAAAUUUAAGGCUAGAUCAUGAGUUGCCACUGGGCCUGGCUAGAUGCAGGUUCGGUGAGAUUUCAGACGCUGAUUGGAGUCAGAGCGAGUGACUGACACAGAUCCAGUAUUUCCCCCGAGAUCAGAGCUGAAUAUAAUCGUCUUUCCAUAUUCACAGCCAGUACAACUGCUGUUUUCUAAAGUCUUUAUAGAUACGUUUCUUAAUGUUCUUAAAUGUUAUUCUGUUUGACCAGUGGCCUGUUUGGUCAUGGUUAACUGACGUUUUCAUAUCCAUGGAUUGCACUGAAUCUAACUCUGGAUACAAACAAAGGGAGAUAAUGGUCAUCCAAGAGGACUAGACCAUUAUAGCUUCAGGGAAUUCACAUUUUGUUACAUAGGCGCUUUUAAAAUAGAAUUCAUUAAAGCCUUGUCAUCUGAGGGACAGGGUUUUUCAUUAACGUAAGACCAAAACUAUGUUCUUUAAAUAGUUUUAGGGAAAAAAAUAAACAAGUUUAUUAAUUCCGUGUUUCUUUGUUAGCUAGCUCAAGCUCCCGAUGCAUUUGACCCAAACUUAUUUAUUACUGUACAGACAAGGCAAAUCAACUGUCCUUAACCAAUUGCCAAUGGACAUAAGUGGUGUUUUUACUGUAAUUGAACAACUGUAGAGAGAGAUCAAUUAUUGUGUUGGGUUUCAGGGGGAGGGAUGUUGUGGGAUUUUUGAUUGAUUGAUUGUUUUGGUAGCCACUGACAGAGACUAAUAUGAGUUAGCAACUGAUGUUGGAGGCGAAAAAGAAAAUCUUGAGUGUUUUCCAUUCUUUUUUAUUAUAUGCAUUUGUAUAAUUUUUUCUUAUUAGCAAUGUGCAGUUGUUCCAUUGAGAGGAAUAAAAGUGCUAUAUAUGAGUUCAGUAUCCUGCAGAGAAGAUCAUACUGUUGGAAUUAUGUUCUAGGGGGUUUCCAUUUCCGCACCUACCUAAGGAGGUAAAGCAAACCCAUAAUUUACCAUUUGGACGAUGCGCUGUGAGCAAAAUAAAUUCACUUCUGCCCUUGCGUUUUAAAUUUAACGAUAAAUGCUGUAAUUUCUUUAAUUUACAUGGAUAAUUUUGUUAGCAAAACAGUGGCCCUGCCCCAGAAAUGGGGCUGUAUGUGCUUGGAAAAGAUGACGUCGACCAUAAGGAUGAAGAGCGUUGUGUCCCGUAGAACCCUGCUUCUAGAACCCUGAAGUGUGCGUGGAUCACUCAGGGUCUUGUUAAAAUGCAGACGCUGGGGUGGGUCCGAGAUUCUGCAUUCCUAACGAGCCUCAGGGACCCCCCCCCUUGCCGCUGGUCCAUGACCUCACUUUGAGUAGCGAGGGCCUAGAGGAUACUUAAGACCAAAUCUCACCGGAUUGCAGACGCCCAUUCUCUUCAGAUUACCUGACUUCUUUUAUGCACAUAUUAAUCCGCAUCACCACCGUGUAACAACACAGUGCAUCUUUUUUUUUUUUAAAAAAAGGGGGGGAAAAUAGGAAAUAAAGGGAAAAAAAGGAAGAAAAAGAUGCGUCAAGCUUGUUUGUCAAAU